AUGAGGAUCGAAGAGCUCAUUCUGGACGGCUUCAAAUCCUACCCUGUCCGGACCACCAUCUCAGGCUUCGACGAGUCUUUCAACGCUAUCACCGGUCUCAAUGGAUCAGGUAAAUCGAAUAUCCUCGAUGCGAUAUGUUUCGUAUUGGGAAUCACCAACAUGCAAUCUGUGAGAGCGAACAAUCUCAUGGAUUUGAUAUACAAACGGCAUGUCUAUCUUUCAAGAUUAGGUCAAGCAGGAGUGACAAAAGCUAGCGUGACAAUUGUUUUCAAUAAUAAAGAUAGGGCUACUUCUCCUACAGGGUAUGAGAACACACCGCAGAUCACUGUGACUCGACAGAUCGCCGUGGGUAACGUCUCAAAGUAUCUUCUGAACGGACACAAAUCGACUCUCCAGGCUCUUCAGAACCUCUUCCAAAGCGUCCAGCUGAAUAUAAACAACCCAAACUUCUUAAUCAUGCAGGGGAAGAUUACAAAAGUGCUCAAUAUGAAGCCGGCGGAAAUUUUGGGGAUGGUAGAAGAGGCAGCCGGUACGAGAAUGUUUGAGGAGAGAAAGGAUAAGGCUGUGAAGACUAUGGCGAAGAAGGAUAAGAAAGUGGAGGAGCUUGAAACGCUACUCAAAGAAGAGAUCGACCCCAAGCUUGAGAAGCUGAGAGCGGAGAAACGGAGUUACCUCGAAUAUCAGAAAGCCACCAGCGAACUUGAGAGACUCACGAGAUUAGUCAAGGCCUACGAGUGGAUGCUGGCCGUGGAAAAGGCAGAAAAGGCUGCCGACGGUUUGCAGAAGAAAAAGAAUGAGAUCGAAACGGCCAAAGAGGAUGUCUCGAGGGGAGGUAGAGAGUGUCAAGGCAUGGAAAAGGAAUUGGCGGAGAUCCAAAAAAGACGAGAGAAGGAAAUGGCCAAAGGUGGUAAGAUUCAAUCCCUGACAGAUGCUGUGAAUGCUCUAGAACGCGAGCUCGUCAAGGUCAAGACACAGCUCGAGAUGAUAGUAAGCACCAUGGGUGAUGACUCAAAACGCGUGGAUACUGCCAAGAAAGCUGUCAAAGACCUGGAAAAGUCGAUCGAGGAGAAACGUGGCUCCACUUCGAAAGAUGCCGCAGCAUUCGCCGAGCUUAAAGCCGCCUAUGACACUGGUGUAGCCGAGUUGGCGAAGAAAGAAGAAUUGCUGCAGACUCUGUUGACAGGUCUGUCGUCAUCCAAUGUCGACGACGAGAAUGCCGGAGGGUACAUGGGACAGUUGGCGGAGGCCAAAGCCCGAUUGGCACAAGCUGGAACCGAGGCUGAACAGGCCAAAGUCCGGAUUGGUGCUGCUGAAAAGGAGAUCAAGGAGAAGGAACCGCGAGCAAAGAAGGCGGAGAAAGAGGGAGAGGGAGCUUUGAAGGAAUUAGCCAGUAAACGGGCGGAUAUUGAGAAGCUGAAGAAAAGAGUGGAAGCCGCCGGCUGGGAUGAUAACAAAGAGCGGGAAAUGUUGGAGAAGCAGGCUGAGCACAGCUCAGAAAUGGCCGAACUGAUGGAAAAACGUGAUGCUCUCAAAUCACGUCUAGCCGCCAUCGAUUUCGCUUACUCUGACCCUGAGCCGCAUUUCGAUAGAUCAAAGGUCAAAGGUCUCGUUGCGACGCUGAUCGACCUCGAUGAAACAAACUUCCAGUCAUCCACUGCACUGGAGAUCUGUGCUGGCGGCAAGUUAUACAACGUCGUGGUGGAAGAUGAACGAGUGGGUUCGCAAUUGUUGGAGAAGGGUAAAUUACGGAAACGAGUCACCAUCAUUCCUUUAAAUAAGAUUAACGCAUUCAAGAUGUCGGCGGAGAAAUUGACGGCCGCUAAACAGGUGGCUCCCGGCAAAGCAAACCUUGCCCUUGACCUCGUGGGCUACUCAGAUGACGUGUCCGCGGCUAUGGCGUACGUUUUCGGCGAUACCUUUAUCUGCGCAAAUAAGGAAGCCGCUCAAGCUGUGACAUUCAACAAAGCCAUAGGGGUCAAAUCAGUGACUUUAGAGGGAGACGUGUAUGAUCCCUCUGGAACUUUGUCCGGCGGUGCCGCACCCAACUCCAGUGGUAUUCUAGUCAAAGUACAAGAACUCAAACAGAUUGAACGGGGUAUACUAGAGCACAAACAAGCACUGGAGAGUAUAUCGAAAGAUCUGCAAGGAGCGAAGAAAGUAAUCGAUCAGUUUAAGAAAGAUAAGCGUGAGCUUGAUUUAAAGCAGCAUGAGGUUGGGUUGCUGGAGGAGCAAGUCAACGGUAGUAAUGCAACAAAGAUCAUUGCCGAAGUUGAAGCUGCGAAAAAACUGCUAGGGGAACUCAAGGAAGUCAUCAGUCAAGCCAAAGAAAAGCAGAAGGAAGCUAGCGCCGAAUGCAAAAGACUCGAGAGAGAGAUGGCGGAUUUCAAGAAUAACAAGGAUUCGAAAUUGAACGAAAUCAAGGCGGACAUUGCUGCUAAGAAGAAAGAGCUCGGUAAGCAGACAACACAAGUCAAAUCUAGGCAAAAAGAAGUGCAAACCGCCGAAUUGGAAUUUCAACAAAUGGAGAGUGAUCUGGAAGCCGCCAAGCAUGAAGUUGAAGAAGCCAUUGCUGCUCUUGAAAAGACCAAGAAAGAGCGGGGUGCUUUACAAGAAACCCUUAAACUCCAACAGGCCGAUCACAAAGCUGCCGAAGCUAAAUUAAAGGCUGAAAGAGCUCAACUCGUCGCGUUUGAUACCGAACUUGCUGAUCUGGAAAAAGAUCUAAAAGCGAAGAAACAGGAAAUUGCCGAUGCAGAGCUCGCUUUGAAGAAGUUGGACCAUGAUAUCGGUUUGGUGCAGAAGGAAAAAACUACAGCGGAAGGGCAUCGUGAGAAUUUAGAGAAACAAUUUCCUUGGAUCGUUGAUGAACAUCAGUUCUUCGGCAAGCCAGGAACUCCAUACGAUUUCCAAGGUGUCAACCUAUCUCAAGCCCGUGAUCAAUGUCGUGAACUCGAGACUCAACAAAAAGGAAUGGGUAGGAAGAUCAAUACGAAAGUGAUGAAUAUGAUCGACAAUGUGGAGAAGAAGGAACAAGCACUGAAGAAGAUGAUGCAGACUGUUUUGAAGGAUAAAAGCAUGAUUGAGGAUACGAUUGAAGAAUUGGAUCGAUAUAAGCGAGACGCUUUGAUGAAGACGUGGGAGAAGGUGAACGGCGACUUUGGAUUAAUCUUCGCCGAAUUACUUCCUGGAAACUUUGCGAAACUCCAACCUCCAGAAGGUCAAGAUCUCACUCAAGGUUUAGAGGUCAAAGUCCGAUUAGGGAGUGUAUGGAAAGCGUCUCUCACUGAACUUUCCGGUGGACAACGGUCUCUUAUAGCUCUCUCACUAAUCAUGUCCCUGUUACAAUUCAAACCUGCUCCCAUGUAUAUCUUAGACGAAAUCGACGCAGCUUUGGAUUUACAACAUACUCAACAUAUUGGUCAAUUGUUCCGAAAUCGGUUCAAGGGCAGUCAGUUCAUCGUUGUUUCGUUGAAGGAAGGUCUCUUUACCAAUGCCAAUGUCCUCUUUAGGGCUAGGUUCAGAGAUGGGACUAGUAUCGUUGAGCGAACGGAAAGACGAUCGGCCAAUGCGCUCUAUCACGCGGAAGACAAGGAAAAUGCCGGUACGCAAGAACAAGCAGGUGGAAAGAAACGUGUUCAAACAACAUCCCGGGCACCUCUAGCCGUCCGAUAA